CUUAUUUAUAAUUUUACUUAGGAAGAAAUGGAAUUUAGUUUUAUAAUUGAUGGAGAGGAGGAGCCGGAUAUCAGUCAGGCAAAUGCUGGAGUAUCGCGCCGUUUCGACGUGUCCCAGCCUUUCCUCGACCGUAUGACCACCCAACCUGCCGUGGAUAAUGACUCAGCGCAACAACAAAUUUUGGCUGCCCUUGCAAGAAUGGAGACUCGGCAAGAAGAAAUAUUAAAAAGGCUUUCCGCCGUAGAAAACGCCCUUGCCGAGAAGAUGCCCGAGCGUUGUGAAGUUCAAGCGCAGGGUCAACUGCUGCGUGAAUGUAAGGUGCUCUCUGCGAAAACCCACCGCAGUGUAAGCCGAAUCACCGGUGACUUGGUAAGUGAAGAGCAAACUUUACUGCAAAGUUUGCUACCAAUGUCAUCGGAGGGAACACUGCAUAAGGUGGAGGAGCACCUUCAAAACAAGGCACACGCUGACGCUAUGGUGGGCAUCAUCAUGCAGCUAAAAACAUCCAGGGGUACAGUGGAGAAAGUGCUGCAGUCGUUAUUCAGCGACGAGUUGGUGUGGCUGUACAACUUCGAUGGAAAGGCUGGGAAAAAGCCACUGAUUAAAUUAAAAACUGUGGAGCUAGUUCUCGAUAUCAGAAUCUAACUGGUUGCAUCCACAAUAAUAAUUUUACCAUUUUAUUUUAAUUUCUGAUUGCUGUGCAAAAGACGUGUUAGAGCAUCAGCAGCUACGUUUAUAAAAAAUAUAUAUUUUAAUAUAUAAAUUACUUAUUUUUAGCUAUUUAAAUUUUUUUAAUUUUUCGUUUAGAUUGUAUAUAUCGGAGUCAUUGGAUAAUGAAGGUCUUCAACAUGUUGGAUGAAAGGGCAAGGGACAGUCUGACAAAGCAUCCUUAGAAAUGUCUCGAUUCAGACGAGCGGAAACUCAUCAAAUUGCAAUUUAAUCUAACUGAGGAUGAGGAAAAUUACGAAUGUUUGCAAGCGCCAGAUGAGAUAAUUGUUUUAGACACUACUGCUGCAUCAAGCCAGUCACAAGACAUAACGCUACAAGCGCCACUAUCGAAUUCCGAAAAUUUGGUUACACAUGAUGUCAAUGUGUUAUUCUCGAGCGGCUCCAUGGAUAUAAGUAAUUUAUGCAACUGGCCGCUAGAAGCUACACAUAGUCAAAGUCUAUAUAUAAGUCGAAAAAAAGCAAUCAAAUUUUGCAAAGUUGUAAUGAAACUGAAUUUUUUUGAACCAGUAUAAAUG